AUCGAAAUCCGACUAUAAAAUCUCCCCGUGGACCACCACGGGUUCAGUAUCGUGAUCUAGCUCACCUCAGGGUCGCAACCGUCUCAUCUUCCUCGAGGAGCAAGAAACAAAUCCAACUCGACCAACCAUGAAGCUGAUCGUUGCUUUCGCCUUCGUCGUCGCCGUCGCGUACGCUGCUCCACAGGGCCUGCACCAGGACGAGGUGGUGCUAGUAAAAGAGACACCUUCCGACAACGUCGGCCUCGGAGGUUACAACUACGGCUACGAGCUCUCGAAUGGCCAGUCUCACCAAGAAACCGCUGACGUGAUCAACGCUGGAACCGAGAACGAAGCACUCGCUGUUCGUGGAAGCUUCACUUGGGUCGAUCCUUUGACCAAUGUCAGAUACACGGUCAAUUAUGUCGCUGAUGAGAAUGGUUUUCACCCACAGGGCGAGCACAUCCCCUCGUAAAUUGUACCUCUCGUUUAAAUAAAUUUCGCUCUUAAGUACCUGGCUACCGAAUCAAUCUUCUAU